AUGACUCGUGAUUCUGGCCCGGGAAGUGAGACGAUAGCCCGGCUCCGGGCAGCCCCAGGCGGGAGGCGGGAGUCAGCUCCACCUCCUCCUACCACUCCCCAGAGAGACACUUGUAGAUCUCCCCUGCGGGAGGGGAGCUGGUCUCCUUGGGAGUGGAGGGUCACGGUGGGCAGGGCCGCUGAUUACGCUGAGCCAGCGAGCGUGCACGAGGGGAAGGUUGGGAGCAGCGUCUGGAGGCCUGCACGGAUGCCUGCUGUCGGCCGCGAAGGUGGUGUCCUGGCGACCCUGGCCAUGGGCAGGACGGUCGUCUCCUACGGCCAGUGUGCUGCCCAGUUCUUCUUCUUCACCGUCUGUGCAGGCACGGAGUGUUUCCUGCUGUCGGUGAUGGCCCUCGAUCGCUACGUGGCUGUCAGCAUCCCGCUGCUCUACACCGUGGCCAUGCCUCCCAGGAUCUGCUGGGCGCUGGUGCUCGGAGCCUACGUCUGUGGGCUAACGGGGUCCAUCCUGCAUACCUCGUGUACGUUUACCCUCUCCUUCUGUGAUGACAAUCAGAUCAACUUCUUCUUCUGUGACCUCCCACCCCUGCUGAAGCUGGCCUGCAGUGACACAAAAGAUGCAGAGGUUAUCAUUAUCUUUUUUGGCAACUUUGUGAUUUUGGUCAACGCCUUGGUCAUCCUGACUUCCUACCUGCUUAUCAUCAAGGCCGUUUUGAAGGUCAGCUCUUCAGGGGGCAGGGCUAAGGCUUUCUCCACGUGUGCCUCCCACCUCACUGCUGUGGCUCUGUUCUUCGGGACCCUUGCCUUCAUGUAUCUGCGGAGUGCUUCAGGCACAUCCCUAGAGGAAGACAAGGUGGUGUCUGUCUUCUACACCGUGGUCAUUCCCAUGCUGAACCCUCUGAUCUACAGCCUGAGAAACACGGAUGUGAAAGCAGCCUUCAGAAAGGUCACUGAGAGACAGAAAGAAACAAAAGGUAGGAGCACAGAAAAAUCACAGGACUCGCAGUGCUCUGGAGGAAAGGCACUUGUGGUCAAAGAAGACGAGAGCGAUGGGUUCACCAAAUCCACCAUCGUCUUCACCGUCAGUUCACUCUUCCUGCUCGCUGUGAUGGCCUAUGACCGCUUUGUUGCCAUUAGCAGUCCACUGAGCUAUAAUGUGGUGAUGUCUCCAGACAUCCGUUUGGGCUUGUUGGCCGGGGCCUACGUCUGUGGGUUAUCAGGGGCCAUCCUGCAUACUGUGUGUGCAUUUACCCUCUCCUUCUGUGAUGACAAUCAAAUCAACUUCUUCUGCCAUCUCCCACCCCUGCUAAAGCUUGCCUCCCACAGCAUGACACAGAGUGAGACUGUCAUCCUCUUUCCUGCCAAACACAUGUUCCUGGCCAAUGGCACGAUCAUCCUGGUCUCCUACACGCUCAUCAUCAGAACUCUCAGAUUCUGA